AUGUCCGUCGAGCAGUUUGCGGCGUUUGCGCUGGCUGCCUGGCCCUGGGUGCCGCCCCUGGAGGGCCUGCGCCAGGCAAUGCAUGUGCUGGCGGACGAGCGUGAACAGAAGGAGAAGCAGGAGGGCGCGCAGCUGCGGCAAGAGCCUCCGCAGCACCCUGCACAGCAGCAGCAGCAGCAGCAGCAGCAGCAGCAGCAGCAGCAGCAGCAGCAGCAGCAGCAGCAGCAAGAGGCGGCCGGACUCGAGCACGAGCCCGGGAGCAAAGUCAAGGAGCCGCAGCCCGACCCCCAGCCGCCGUCCUCAUUGAUUUGA